GGAGCACUUCCGGUCCCGGCAAAACCCCGCGCCGGCGGCGUUAGGUCAGCCCCGUUGGGCCUUGCUCGGAAGCUCCGCCUUCGCUCAGGUCUUUCUAGAAACCCUGCUUUGCUCCUGGCGGUGCCGGACAGUUGCAGCGUCCCGGACGCGUGCGUGUGUGUCCUCCAUGGCGGAUACGACCCCGAACGGCCCCCAAGGGGCGGGCGCAGUGCAAUUCAUGAUGACCAAUAAACUGGACACAGCAAUGUGGCUUUCUCGCCUGUUCACAGUGUACUGUUCUGCUUUGUUUGUUCUGCCUCUUCUUGGGUUGCAUGAAGCAGCAAGCUUUUAUCAACGCGCUUUGCUGGCAAAUGCUCUUACCAGUGCUCUGAGGCUGCACCAAAGAUUACCGCACUUCCAGUUAAGCAGAGCAUUCCUGGCCCAAGCUUUGCUAGAGGACAGCUGCCACUACCUGCUGUAUUCACUCAUCUUUGUCAAUUCCUACCCUGUUACAAUGAGUAUUUUCCCAGUGUUGUUAUUCUCUUUGCUUCAUGCUGCCACAUACACAAAAAAGGUUCUUGAUGCAAAGGGUUCAAAUAGUUUACCUCUGCUGAGAUCCCUCUUGGAUAAAUUAAGCGCUAAUCAACAGAAUAUUCUGAAAUUCAUCGCUUGUAAUGAAAUACUCUUGAUGCCUGCUACAGUUUUUAUGCUUUUUAGCGGUCAAGGAAGUUUGCUCCAGCCUUUUAUAUACUAUAGAUUUCUUACUCUCCGAUACUCUUCUCGAAGAAAUCCAUAUUGUCGGACCUUGUUUAAUGAAUUGAGGAUUAUUGUUGAACAUAUAAUAAUGAAACCUGCUUGCCCUCUGUUUGUGAGAAGACUUUGUCUCCAGAGCAUUGCCUUUAUAAGCAGAUUGGCACCAACAGUUGCGUAGUUUAAUAUCCAGCUAAGUUAUAUAUGAUAUAAGUAAGCAUUAUUAGCAGUUGGUACUUCUGCCAGGGGUUGUGAAUUCCAGGUGUGAAACUGACCUCAAUCCAACUUACAUAAUUUACAUAAAUGCAUCUUAACGGAAAAAUAAUAUUUUCCUGGCAUGUUAAAUCAAGCCUUUAUAAAAAAAAGUUUCCAAGAAAAUUCUGUGUUGUGUUGUUAAUGGUUAAGGAAGUUUGUGUUUUGUAAUAAAUGUAUCACAUUUUUUUUAGAUGCUACUGUGCCUUUAUCAUGUACAUUUAUUUCUCUUGUGAAAAUAGUUCUAAAAUUUGUUUCAACCUAAUUGGUAAUCUGAAUUUAUUUAUAUCUGGCAUUAGUUCAUUAUGGUAAAUUUACAUAUUCAGUAUAUUUUGAGACAGUAUUCUUUUGCCAUUUAUGAAUUUUGGUUAAUGAUUUUAACAGAAGCAUUUCCCACUGUAUUUGGUUUCAAAUUGUCAUUAAAUUGAUUUUGUGCUGCUUUGUUAGGAUAGAUUUAUUUUGGAUGUGCCAUUAUAAGAGGAGUUCUGUAUGUGUCUUACACUAUGACCUUCUAAAAUUUUAUUUCCAUAAUUCUGUGGAUUUGAAUAUUUUUUUAAAAGGCUCAACUAUAAGCUUACUAGCCAAUUAAGUAAAUAUUUGGAAUUACCUAACCAUUUUACAUCAGAGAGCAGUAGUCCUACAACUUUCCUUUCAGACCCAUUGAGUAACAUUUCUCAGACAGGAAAUCCUUUUACAGUGUGGACACGUAGGUUAUUAGUUUAGUUUUAGAAUUGCCUAGAUCAGAUUCUUGACUACCAACUUUCUCUGUUUCUUAGGCUUGAAUUUUCAUGGACAGUUGCAGCAGUGCAGGUACCUUUUGAAAAGAAUAUAACUGAAGAUCAUAUGACUGAUACUUAGUGUCUGUUCUGAAAUAAUAAUGAAGACUAUCCCAUAGAUUAUAUUCCCAGCAAAUUUUAUUGAAAGCUUAAAUGGAAAGGUUUAUGGGUAAGGUGAUUCAUUGGGAAUGGUGCCUGAGGAGGCAUUUUGGGAGAAUAGUGUACAUUUCAGUUUCAUGCUGGAUAAAUAAAAUUGGGGGAAUUGGAUGUAUUAUGCAACUGUGAUUUGAGUUGUGUAAUAUGUUAAAUCCUACUUGUUGAGCUUCUAUCAACUCUAUAAAAUUUAUUUUGAUCUUUACUGUUACAUGAUUGGAAAUGUGUAAAAUGUUGCAAAAAUUUUAGUACAGAAUAAUGUAAUGGUUUUUGUAACCAAUUUUCUUCUGUCUGCAUGUAAUAUGGAUUCUUCAAAUACAUUCAUUGGUAACUUAUUAGUAACAUUAGGUUUUUUGUUGUUCAACUUUCAGAUCUAUAGAAAUGUGAUAUCUAUUUGAUAGCUCAACCAUAACCAGCUCUUUUUGUAAUAUUUUUCUACUAAGUUAGAGAAGCAGCCUCAUAAUAUACAGUUGAUUUUGUGUGUGUACGUGUUUGUGGCUAGCCUCAUUAUCACUAUAUAUGUAAUCUGAUGAUUUCAAGAACUAAAUUUUCUAGAGCAAUAAAGUGACUAUAAUGUUAAGUGAACAGUA